AUGCAAAAACUUUCAUCGCAAAAAUCUCUUAAGAGUUUACUUUACGGAAAAAAGUCUGUCAAUCUAAAGAUUAAUUUACCUUCACAAUUCAGGAAUUAUAGUUUUAAAAAAACAAAUUCCGAUUAUUCAAUUUUGAAGGAAGGCGAUAAUAUUCAUGGUUGGGUCCUAACUUCAAUAGAAAAUUUGAAAGAUUUUGACUUGGUUGCCUAUCGUUUAAAACAUUCACAAACUGGAGCUGAAUACUUGCAUCUUGACGCUCCUUUUGAUAUGAAUAAUUCAUUUGCAAUUAAUUUUGAAACACCUCCAACUGAUGAUACCGGUAUGCCACACAUUCUUGAACAUACAACUCUUUGUGGCAGUGAAAAAUAUCCAGUUCGUGACUUGUUCUUUAACAUGAUGAAGAGAAGUUUAAACACUUAUAUGAAUGCCUACACAGCAAGCGAUCAUACCACAUAUCCUUUCAGUACUCAAAAUGAAAAAGAUUUUUAUAAUUUGAUGUCUGUGUAUUUGGAUUCUACUUUAAAUCCUAGGAUUUUAGAAACAGAUUUCAAACAAGAGGGACAUAGACUAGAGUUUGAAGAUCCUCUCGACUUGAAUUCAAAUUUACAAAUCAAAGGAGUUGUUUAUAAUGAAAUGAAGGGAGCCAUGAGUGAUAGUAAUCAAUUCUUUGCUUAUAAUUUACAAAAAUCAAUUCUUCCAAAUACUGUUUAUGCUUUUAACAGUGGAGGUGACCCAUCAGCCAUACCAAAUUUGACUUACAAUCAAUUGAAACAAUUCCACCAACAAAAUUACCAUCCUAGCAGGGCAAAAAUUUUUACUUAUGGAUCUUUUUCAUUUAUUAAUCAUAUCAAUUUUUUAAAUGAAAAUGCCUUUUCAAAAUUUUCUGAAUUACCAGUAAGAAAUUCUUCAAGCAAAGUUGAAAAAUUUACAGAACCUAAACAAGUAGAAGUGUUUGGGCCACCAGAUUCCAUGGUUAUUGAUGAGGAAAAGCAAACUAAAGUCUCUGUUUCUUACUUGAUGAAUGACAACUCUGAUGAUUUUGAAACCUUUUCCCUUUCUUUUCUAUCCGCCCUAUUGAUGGACGAGCCAAGGGGUGUUUUUUACAAGAAUUUAAUUGCUUCAGGAUUGGCUCCAGAUUUUUCUCCUUAUUGUGGUUUUGACUCUUCAAUGAGCACUCCAAUAUUUUCUAUUGGAGCUCAAGGUGUUGCAAAGAAAGACGUAGAAAGUAUUGAGCAGGCAAUAAGAGCAACAUUUGAAGAAGUAGUUCAUAAUGGAAUUGAUCAGGGUCUCAUAGAUACAGUUUUACAUAACGUGGAAUUAUCAAUCAAGAAAAAGUCAACCAAUUUUGGUGUAAACAUUUGUUAUCCAGUAUUCUCCAACUGGAUUCACAACAAUGACCCAACAGGUACUUUUAAAAUUAAUAGUCAAAUUGAAAGAUUGAGAGGUGAACUUGAAAAUCCAAACUUUUUCAAAGAGAAAAUCAAAAAAUAUUUUAUUGAAAAUCCGCACCGUGUUACAUUUGUAAUGCAUCCAGAUCCUAAAUAUUUCGAGAACCAAGAGAAGAAUGAAAAUGAAAGAAUUGAAAAAAUAUCCAAUUCACUAACUGAAUCUGAAAAAAUCAAGCUUAUUGAGCAAUACAAGGAAAUGGAGAAGGCAAAAGAAUCACAGGAAAAAAAUGUUGAACUAUUACCUACUGUCACAAUCAGUGAUCUGUCCAGACAAAUCAUGGAUCCCCAAAAUGUUCAGUCUCUUCCAGGAUCUCCAGAAUUCCACCUUAAUGUAGUCAAGGGAACUAAUGGUAUUGUACAAGUAACAUCCAUAGUUCCAAUAUCAUUAGCAGAAAUUCCAGAUCAUUUACAAAAAUUUGUUCCAAUAUUUGGUAAUUUACUUGUAAGAGUUGGUACAUCACAAAUGGAUUAUCUCCAAUUGGCCCACCAAAUAGAAUUGCAUACCGGUGGCAUUGAUGCUAGCCCUUUAAUCAUUCCAAGUUUAGAAAAGCUGAAUGACUUUUCUUUUGCCCUUAAAUUCUCUUCAUACUGUUUGGAAAGAAAUGUAGAAAAAAUGAUUGAGCUCAUGAGAGAAAUUUACACAAAUACCAACUUUUUUGGAAAUUUAAAUUAUUUACAAUCUUGUAUUGAUCAAUCAGCAAGUGAUGCAGCAAGCGGAAUACUUCAAAGUGGUCACCACUACGCCAAGCUCCAUGCUUCAUCCUCUCUUUCAUUUUAUGACUAUUUAGUAAAUAGUACCAGUGGUAUUGGUGCUAUGAAGUUUAUUAAGGAACUCUCAUCAAAUGCUGAUACUGAGUUAAUCGCCACCUCACUUCAAGAAUUGGCUCCUUACCUUCUCAGAAAGGAUAAAAUGAAAUUCCUCAUCACAUGUGAGGAGCAUCAGGCAACUAGAGUUAUGAAUGUAGUGAAGGAGCAAUUCUAUGAAUCAAUUCACAAUAACUCUGUAUCAAGUUUGGAAAAGAUGAAGGCCCAAUUAGACUUUAAGCCUAAUUUUGUCAAUACCUAUCUUUCUAUUCCUUCUUCGGUUAGCUUUGUUGGUAGAGCUUUAGCCACAGCACCAUUUGCUACAAAGGAUUCGGCUCUCUUGAGGGUAGUUUCAACAGUAUUGCAUUCUAAUUACUUGCAUCAAGAGGUUAGAGAACGUGGUGGCGCUUAUGGAUCCAAUGCCUCACAAAGUAUGAAUGGAGUUUUCACGUUUACCUCAUAUAGAGAUCCAAAUCCAAGCAGAAGUAUUGCUAUUAUGGCUAAUGCCUCUGAUUGGAUCCAAAAGCUUGGUUCAGUAACUAGCAAAACUGUUCAGGAAGCAAAACUUCAAGUUUUCCAACAAUUAGAUGCUCCUGUCACUCCACACGUUCAUGCCCAAAGCAAGGUUAUAUAUGGUAUUAACGAUGAUUUGCGUCAGUUCAGAAGAAACGUUGUUCUAGAUGCCACAAGGGAAGAUCUUAUUGAUACUUGUGUUAGAUAUCUAGGAGGAGAAAAUGACAAAUCUUCCUCCAAUACAAUUAUUGGAGGCAGUAUUGAGAAGGACAUUGACCAAAACGAAAUGUCAAAAUGGGUAUUAGUUAAAGAUGAACUUAAUUGAAUUAAAAUAAAAAUGAACAUUUU